AACAGAUGUCCAUCGGAGGGGGUUGGAAUGUGCAGGUAUCGAUUUUGCCUGACGUGCGGGGCGUUGGUGCCUGCUGAGCGCUCCUGCUUCUUGGUCCACGCAGUUGUCGACGUCUACCAAGGCUGGUGCGGCCCCUGCAAGCCUGUGGUGAGCCUCUUCCAGAAGAUGAGGAUCGAGGUCGGCCUGGACCUUCUGCAUUUUGCAUUAGCAGAGGCGGACUGUCUUGAUGUCCUCGAAAAAUACAGAGGGAGGUGCGAGCCGACCUUUCUGUUUUAUGCAGGAGGGGAGCUGGUGGCAUUGGUUAGAGGAGCAAAUGCCCCGCUGCUGCAGAAAACCAUCCGAGAGCAGCUGCAGGCCGAAAAGAUUGUGCUGGCCGAAGGCAGAGAGCGGAGAGUGAUUGAAGAUGAGGCUCUUUCUGAUGAAGAUGAAUGCUUUUCCCACAAAAAGGAAGAUGGUGAUGAUGAGGAUGCGGUGUCAUCAGAGAAGGCCUGCACCUUGGCAGUCAUUAAACCAGAUGCGGUGGUCCAUGGGAAGACGGAUGAGAUUAUCACGAAGAUCCAGGAAGCUGGGUUUGACAUUUUAACAAAUAAAGAGAGAGCCAUGAGAGAAGCAGAAAUGUGACUUUUCUACCAACACAGAGCUGGAGAGGAGGCAUUUAAGAAGCUGGUACAUCACAUGUGCAGUGGACCAAGCCACCUCCUCAACCUCACCAGGACUGAGGGCACCGAGGAAGUGGUCACCGCCUGGCAAACCCUCAUGGGACCCUGUGACCCCGAUGUGGCAAGGAGGGAGCAGCCUGACAGUCUCCGGGCUCAGUAUGGCACAGAAAUGCCCUUUAAUGCAGUCCAUGGAAGCCGGGACUCGGAAGACGCCCGCCGGGAACUGACACUGCUCUUCCCCAGUUUUAAGUUUUCAGACCAGGUUCCGGAAGCCCCUCUGGGUAAGUCAUGCAGGCAGAUCUGGUCUGUAUUAAAUCUGCAGCGGGGAUGGGGGGCGGGUACUGACAGUAACUAUGUGGUAACCAAGUCUUCCGUCUAAUAAGGGCCUGCUGGGGAAACAGGGCCCAUUACAUAACUUUAGCGGAAGUCCUGCUCUAUCGUGUUUUCAGAGUAACAGUUUUGCUUUUUCAUUAGAUUUUUGGCUGCAUUUUUACUUUCAAGUCAAACUCUCGUUACAAAGUUACUUUGCAUUCUCCUGUGGAAACCACCCGGAAAAUGUAACUUUCUGGAAGCCCACUUCCAUGGCAGACGCCAGAUGUUAUUCCCUCACUUUCUCUGUGCUCCAUGUGCCCCAUCAAGCCCUUGGUGGGGUCACCGAGAAGCAGAGAGUUUCACAGAAGGGCCCUCUGCCCAUCGCUGCAAUGGCUCUCAUAUCCCUCAGAGCCCACAUUUUGGGAAAAGCAUGCUGGGUCAUCCCCACCUCCACAUCUGGGUGAGAAACCCACGGGGCUCAGAGUGCACGUGACUCACCCCACUCCACGAGUGGAAGAACCAGACACGGCCCGUGCUGCUCCUGUCACCGUGUUGCACGUCUCUGGGUUGAGCCUGAAGUGAGGUGGAAGGGGCCAGGGGGUGAACAUCCUGGGAAAAGCAAAGGAUGUGAGGGGAGGCAUUCUUGGGAGAAGUCUGCCUGCAGAUCUGAAACGGUAAUAACCCCCGUGUGCCUAAAUGUUUGGGUUUUAACCAGCCGGUUUACCUAAAUGUUUGAAAUGUUCGUCAUGGUCUCUUCAAGAUUUGAAUCCAAUCAAGCAAGAAUAGGUGGUUUGAGGGCGAGGAAAGGAAGGGCGGGAGCUGACCCCUGCUGGCCCUCGUUUAAUCCUGCUGCUGCCUGCUGCCAACUGAGGGACAAGCUGGGAGUGUGAUGGAGUUUAGGGAGCUGAGAAAUCCUGGGAAGUGUGGCUCUGUGUGGACCAGAGACCCAAGUCUGAACAUCCAAGUGCGGGCGAUGGUUCUCCAAAGCCAUCCUCUGUGGGAAGAACUCUCACUCUGGUGUGUUACUGCGAGGACCAGCUUUCCUUUGGGGGCCUGCCCUCAGGGAGAGCCCACGACGUGUUUCCUUAUGUGUCCAGGGUCAUGUGACAUCUUCAUCCUUUUGGGGGGUGACUGGAAACAAGUAGGUAUGACUAUGGGCAAGGAGAGCAAACUGGCUGGGCACCACUCAUCGGGGGGCCAUCGGGGAGAGUGUUGGGAGAUCGUGAGCCUGACUUUUUGGCCUCAGGUGAUAAUGAACAAAGGGAACAAUUCCAGAAGGGUCUGAGCCUAGACCACACCUGGGAGUAAGUGCACAGCCUCGUUGGGGUGUGGUGUUCUGCCCCUUUGUCUGACAUGUAUGUUGUGCCUUCUCAGUUGUCAGGGGCAGAGUGUGCUUUCCAAGUACCCAGCACUUCUUCUGGGCCCUGGAGACAGGAUCCUGGGUUUGAAUCCUGGCUCCACUAUCUGUUAGCUGAAUAGCCUCGGGAAAGUUACUUCCCUUUUUGGACCUCAGUUUCCUCAUUUGUGAAAUGGAGAUAAUGAGAGGCCCAUUAUAGCCCCAUAAUAAUCAUCUUCCUCAGAGGGCUCUUGUGAAGAUGAAAGGAGACAAAGCACGGUGAAGCUCUUAGCCUGGGGCCUGACACACAUCAAGUGCUCAACCAAUGUCACUUGCUCUCCUAAUUUUUUCCGAGUCCCUAACACACCUAUUAGGACCUCUCUCUGCUGCUCCGUCCACCCUAACUUCACCGUCUGUGAUGUACUUAGAUUUCCCCUUUCCGCUGUUCCUUUGUGGACAGUUUGGGGACAGGGCUGCUGUAAGAAGUCCUACAGCAUGCCUGUUGUCCCACAGGCCUCGAGGCCGAAGGAGAGGGCGCCGGUGAGGCGCUGUACUCCCCCGAGGACGUGGACAAGGCGGCCUGCGACCAGGCCGAGGCCGUGAGAUGAAGCGCCAGUGCACUCAUAUCUGCUGCACGUAAGGAAACCUCCAGAACCGAAACUUCCUCUUUUGAGCACCAAUACUUUUUUGGUUUAGUUACCGUUCAUGAAUAAAAAUAAUAGUAUCCACUUUCCUGCCUUAUUAAACAGUACGAAUAUGGAACAUGUACUUUUUUUUGGCCAUCUCUGGGAUUUUAGAAAAUAAAUGGACAUCAGUCCUUGAACUCUGCCGUGAUACAGUGUCAUCUCAGGGGAUACUGAGUUACAGAGGACAGUGUUUCCCAGUAAUAAAUCUACGUUAUGGAUGAAACAAUUUUAGAGCUUAACU